GUCACCCCGCCCGUCUGCUUGCCGUCUCCUCCCCUAAAACCCUUCCUGCGACCAACCCUUUGAGCGACUCUGGGCUUAAAAAAAUAGAGACUGAGAGAGAAAGUGAGAGAGAUAGCGAGAGCGAGCCAAAACACAUACUCCCAACAUCACUUAGACUAUCUUCUCCAGCACAACAAGGGGAGGAGGACGCACAAGUGCAGGCGCGUCCAUGCGUGCCAACCGGCAGACGAACAAGACAUUAAAGCGGGCAAAGGACCACAAAUAAAUUGGAAUAAGACUGAACUCUUUGGAAAAGCGCACAGCUUUGCAAAAAAACCCAAACAAACAACCAAAAAAAAAAAAGACAGUCUAGAUGAGUGAAUGGUAAGAAGAGUCAUGCAUCUCAACGGAGGAGCAGAUAACAGCAAAGGCUCAGUGUCUCUCAGUGUAUUCCUGGUGUCUGUUGCAUUCAUAGUAUGUGCCAUUUGGCUGGUAGCUCUGUGUGGCGUCUGCACCUGGUGCCAACGUAAACUGGGGAAGAGGAAUAAGCCCGGGAUGGAGGCUGCCAGCUCUCCAGAUUCAGUGAGAGGUCGAGGGGAAAAUAAAGCCAUCAACGAUCUAGACAGAGACUUUUGGAAUAACAAUGACAGCAGCAAUGUCCAACAGAGGUGGAGCUCCUACCCACCCAAGGAGUUCCUCUUAAACAUGUCUCCCUAUGCACCCUACGGAGACCCCCGCCUCACGCCCAAUGAGGGGAAGAUGGUUGUUCUGUCUCUAGCAAUCGGGCUGGCUGAACAGGAUGACUUUGCCAACCUCCCAGAUCUACAGGAAGCGCCAGCGAGCAAAGAAAAUGAAACCACACCAGAGAAAAGAACUCCAGGUAACAAACCAGGCAGCAGCCCCAGAGGUCAGACUCCAGACGAGACCGGACGCCGCCACGGGCAGGGCCACGAAGCCAACUCUUCUGUUUCUGACUUGGCCAACUCGGUCACCAGUGACAUGCUCAUGCUGUCACCAGGUUCAGAGGAAGAAGAACAUGAGGGUCCAGUGUGUGAAAAGCUGGGUCGUAUUCAGUUCAGUGUUGGAUACAGUUUUCAAGACUCCACCCUCACUGUGAAAAUUCUCAAAGGCCAAGAUUUGCCAGCUAAGGACUUUUCUGGCACCUCUGACCCAUUUGUCAAACUAUACCUGCUGCCAGACAAGAAGCACAAACUGGAGACAAAAGUGAAGAGGAAGAAUCUAAACCCCCACUGGAACGAGACCUUCCUGUUCGAGGGGUUCCCCUAUGAGAAGGUGGUUCAGAGGACCCUGUACCUCCAGGUUCUUGACUACGAUCGCUUCAGCAGGAACGACCCAAUAGGAGAGGUGUCCAUCCCACUCAACAAGCUGGACCUAGCCAACAUGCAGACUUUCUGGAAGGAGCUGAAACCAUGUAGCGAUGGCAGUGGAAGUCGAGGGGAUCUGUUGGUGUCUCUGUGUUACAACCCCACAGCCAACACCAUCACUGUGAGCAUCAUCAAAGCCCGCAACCUCAAAGCCAUGGACAUUGGAGGCACUUCUGACCCCUACGUAAAAGUGUGGUUGAUGCACAAGGACAAGCGUGUGGAGAAGAAGAAGACGGUGGUAAUGAAGCGCUGUCUGAACCCUGUUUUCAACGAGUCCUUCCCCUUUGACGUGCCUGCCCACGUGCUGAGGGAGACCACCAUAAUUAUCACCGUCAUGGACAAGGACAGACUCAGCCGCAAUGAUGUCAUUGGGAAGAUUUAUCUUUCAUGGAAGAGUGGCCCUGCAGAGGUAAAACACUGGAAAGACAUGAUGGGUCAUCCUCGCACUGCCGUGGCCCAGUGGCAUGCUCUUAAGGCCUGAAGGACCCAGCAGCCGACCUGCCUACAUUGUUUUCCCCCCUCAAGAAUCCCCCCGCCCUGCCCCUGCCCUCGGCACAUAUCCCCUACUACCUAAAUGCACUGUUGGGCUUCAGACCAUCUAUCAUCUCUUUGUUCUCAGGCCUCUUUGAUAUUCCUCGCCCUCAAUUCUCAUGACACCUUCCUUAAAUUUCACCCCUGUCAAGAUCUGAUUCCCGCCUGACCCUGUCUCAUCCGUUUGUCUGAACUUAAAAAUGUCUUUGAUGUCAUAUGCUCUCCUUGUUCCAUCUUUCUUUUUUUUCUCAUUUUUUUUCUUCCACCAUGUUUCCCUAAUGUUUUACAUCAGAGCAGUACCUCUUAACACCCGUAAUUACAAACUACCAACCAAAAAUGGAUCAAACAGGCAUUCCAACCAUCCGCUGUGGCAGCAAGAUGGGCAGUGUUCAGACACGCAUGAGUGUGAGCGGCACUGACCUGCGCAAUCCAUUUAUCACCUACUUUUGGUAUUGUGGUGAGGAGUCUCCCGCUCUGCUCCUUGUUUUUUUGUUUGUUUGUGUGUUUGCUUGAUUGUUUGAAUGCUUCUGUGUUUCUGUCUCUCUUCCUACAUUCCUUUAAAAUGCCUAAAAAAAAAAAAAAAUCAGGAAAAGCGGCACAGGCAACAGAAGAGCGAUGGGCUGUGUUUAAAAUGGACAGGAACUGGACUCUGUCACUCAUCAUGUUUUUCACUCUUCACUCCUCCUCCUCCUGCUACCACUGUAAUAAUUCCCCCUUGGCUGGAACCCUUUGUCGUCUGUGCGUGCUGUGGGUGAUGUGCUGUAACCCCAAAUGAAGAUCGUCAAGAAAAAAAUAAGAAAAAAAGGACAUGAACAUGAACAUUUAGCACUGGUCUAAAAGGGGCAAGUGUCAAACUGCUUUCCUAUUUUCUUUAACUCCCGAUGGACAGAAAAAAAGAGUAAAGUGAUUAAUGUUGUGUUUUAUUUAUUUAUUUAAUGAGUUUUGUUACGAAAGAACUUAGAGAAUCAACCUGUUCUUCCAGAAAAUAAGCAAAAAGCAGCUUCCAUGAGUGUGGAAGUGUGGGGAUAAUGCGUGCGUGUGUGUGUGUGUGUGUGUGUGUGUGUGUGUGUGUGUGUGUGUGUGUGUGUGUGUGUGUGUGUGUGUGUGUGUGUGUGUGUGUGUGUGUGUGUGUGUGUGAGGGAGGAAAUAUUUUAGAUUUGGACGGCUGAACAAAAAAUAUUGUCGAAAACCAAACUGCCCUUGAUAACAAUGACAAAAAUUGAGAUUAGCUGGACAUGUGGGUGGAGGUCACUGAAGUUAAACAGUCAGUCUGGCCAAAACACAUACACAACUUUCUAACACGCCCUUUAGUGGGCUCAAGAAAGACAGCUAGUUUCAGUUUCACAUGUAAAAGAUUUGAGCUCAGAAAAUCAGACUAACUGCUGGAAAUAUAUAACAGAGGAUUUCAUUGUCAAACAAUUUACCACUUUGAUUUUUAACGUUGUUAUGUUUUGGUAAAUGGAUAUAGUCCAGAAACCCCAAUGUAAAUGGUUUUCUUUGAGAGCAGAAAACAAUCUGUGCAAAUUGUUGACGACAUAUAGACAUGGUAAAGCAAAGGUACACCCUUUCUCAGUUCUAAAGUUUUACAUACCAGCACAUAAUAAAAAGUUAUUGAAAUGUGGUAAAUACAACCUGAGAUGCACAACAACACAUUAGUUUAACUGAAACUAAGCCAAAAUGAAGAAAUAGUGUGUAGAAAGCUUGUAGAACCGCCUUUAGCAGCAAUAACUUGAGGUCAAGAGCUGGAAUUUGACUGGGCCUUUGCAACACCUUAAUAUUUUGCUUUUCUGCAAUGUUGUAGAUUUGCUGCUGUGCUUGGGAUAUUAUUUCAGCCAGGCUUUAGUUGUCAAACAAAUCGCCUCACAUUUGAUUCUAGAAUAGUUUGGUAAAUAACUGCAAGGUGUCCAGGUCCUGUGGCUGCAAGCCCAAAUCAUCACCCCUCCACCACCGUGCUUGACAGUUGGUGUUUGUGCUGAUCUGCUGUGUUUGGGUUUCUCCAAAUGUGGCGCUAUGACCAAACAUCUCUACUUUGGUCUCAUCUGUAAAAAGGACAUUGUUCCAAAAGUGGUUGUGGUUUGUUCAGCUGCAUCGUUGCAAACCUAAGCUGUCUUUCUCUGUGCAACCUUUCCAAACAAGCCCUUCUACAGUCUUCUUGUAAUUUGAACUGUCAUUAACUAAAUUUUAACAUUUAACAUGCUAACUUAUGCCAGUAGAAUCUGAGAUGCAACAGUUGCUUCUGUAAGAUCACUGAUUGUGUCAUUCCUCUUUGGCUUUGUGUUAGCACACACCUGAGUGCUACAGACUAACAAACUGCUUUUAUAGAGCGGGUGAUUAUCGGGUCCUGACAGCUUAUCCUCUUAAAUUCAAUGGAAACAGUAAAGUGUACAUAGUUUUUCACACACACUGUUUCGGCAUUUUGGCUUAAUGUUUCUUGAAUUAAAAAAUGACACUGUGUAGUAUGUUUUAUACUUCAUGUGAGGUUGUAUUUACCUCAUUGUAAGACCUGCUAGGACAGAUUAUGUUUUUUAUGUCCUGAUAUUUAAACCUUUUUUCUUUCUUUUUUUUUUUUUUUUUUUUACCAUGACUACGUUUUCCGAGUUUAUAAGAAAAUAUUGAGUCCUACAACUAGAAUUUCACUUUUUUCCAGCACAUUUCACUGCUGUGGUACCACAGCAGCCAACCGUUAAUGCAUGGCUUGAUAACACUAGUGAUAGAUUGGCAAAACAAGAUCUUAUGUCCUCUUUCUAGCUUUUUACUGCUGUUUUUUUAACCAUCUCCAAGAUCUCAUGGUGAUAAAGUGCCCAAUCCUACACCAUGGCAUUGCACCAAUAUGCAAUACCAGCAAGUUUCACCAAGUCCAGUACAUCAGUGGCAGUGGCCAGAAACUACAAGAAGAAUAUUUCUUACAGUAUUAACUUAAAACUGGCUGUUUUGGUGAGAUGCCACUUUGUGCUCUCAAGAAAUCUCAGAUUGUAUGUGCAGGCUCCGCCUGAGCAAACUGCUCUGGGCAGCCAUGAGUAAUAGUCAGUAGUCAAAAGAAAGCAGACCUUGAGGGUUUUUUAAAAAUGUAUUUAUAUAGUUGAGAUUUGUGUUUUCAAGGUUGACCAUGAACCUUUAGACUCUUUUUUUGGGAUGAACUGACAAUUUAUGAAUACAUGCAGUAAAAUAUGAGAAGAAAUCACAUGAACAUUAAAUCAGUCAGCCAAUCAAAACACAUUAUCCCUAUAAUGUUAUAGGGAUAUAGCCUAUGUUACAUUGUGUCGAUCAACUUCAUUUAGUCACAAAACACAUCUGAAUACACACACAAAACUUACAAAAAAUCAAAAGUUUAUAAAUUAUUACAAGAUUACAAAUUACAAAUAUGCCCAAAAUACAAAAUAAGACUGCAGCCACUAGUUACAGACGUAGUCAAGAGAUUAAGAGCCCAGGAAUAUCAUGGACUACAAGUAGGUCUUUAAUCUAGACUUAAAGACAGCAGCAUUUGGAGGAUUUGUAACGGACACAGGAAGUUGGUUCCACAAUUGUGGAGCUGCAGUUGAGAAAGCCCUGUCACCUUUCUGUUUGAAAUGAGAACUGGGAAUGUAAAGUCAGAGUUUGUCUUUAUUUAGUUUUUUUUUUUUAAACAUCUUUGCUGCCUGAAUGCGACCUCCCUCAAGUCCUGUACAGACACGAGCUGUUGGGAUGAAUGGAAACAAAUGAGAGUAAUAACACCUGGGGUUGGGAAUAGUCUUUUUACAUUCCACUGUUUGUUUUUUGUCUACUGGAUGUAUGUGUGUGUGUUUGCACCGUGGUUGAAUGUCAGUAUUUGAACUUAUGUUUGUGUGAUUGUAUUUACUGUGAGUCCCUGUGUGUAUAUCUGCACUAAGUUCUAUUUUGCCAGUUUAAUACUGAACAGCAUUCUUUGCUGUUUUUAUUCUGUAUGAAUCCAGAUGUACAGAGAAGUAUGUUCUUUUCUUCUUUUUUUUAAGUUGUCACUUCUUGGAGAAUCACUGCACUUGUUGACGAUGAUGCUGGAACAAACCUCUCUUCACAGCAGGCUUAUUUUCCUCAUGUUUGGAGGACAUUUAGAUCUCUUAUACAUGAGCUGAGAGUGAAGGUCACAAGAAAAAAGCUUUACAACAACCCUAGAUAAAAGUUGCUCCAUUUGACCGCUAUACACCAGAUUUUCAGUUUAAACAAAAGCAGCUGAAGACAUUUUUCCUCUAUGCCCUAUCUCGCCUCUCUAAGUGGACCAAUCUAAUUCACCAAGGCCAAAAAACGAAGGGUUGCUUCUUCACGUCACAGCUGAUGCUCCCUCAAAACACCCCCAUUGUGCACACAUGCUUUCUGGCACAAAGUAUUCUGUGUGUGCCUUAUGAACCCCGUCACGCCUUGCUCUUCACCAUAUGCGCUCCCUCUCCAAGUGUCAGGAAGGGAGGAGGGGGGAAAAAAGGUGAGACAGGAGAUAAUCAUCACCUCUUUGCUUCACUGUUAGCUACAUCUCAGGUCAGAGCAGAGCCUUGGAGCAUCCCAAAAUAACCACCUCUCAUAAUCAUCUGUCUGUCCUGAUGUACUGCCCUGCUGACAAAGCAUUACAUUCCAAAGGCUUAGUGAAAGUCAAUCAAUGCAAUUUAAAUAUUGGUUAAAGAUCAGUCAGGGUUUGAUACAUUUUUUUAAGAAAUCGAGCUAAAAUUGUCUUUCUACACUCGUCACUGGCCAAAAACCACACACUGGUAAAGUUUACUGGACAAGCUCGCAUUUCUGUUUUAGGGCAUUCUCUUUAGGGACUGCUUGAGACAAAGAGAGGUUAACCAGCAACAUUUUAAUUUAUAUACUGACUGUAUAAAAUGAUUGUGAAAAUGUUCUGUAUGGAGAAAAAAAGAGAAAAAGAACCAUCAUUACUAAUGGGGUUGUAGAUAUCUAUCCUUGAUAUCACAAACCUGCCUGUUUCACUCCCUUUCUCUUUGUAGUUACACAUCCGUGGGGUGCACAAUGUUAAAUAUUGACCAUUUAUUUUUUUGAAAUCUGU